AUGUCAUUAACCGACGAAAACCCACUUCAUGAUUCUCCCAUUCUCCACCAAGACAUUUUCCGAAUCAUUCUUUCCUUUCUACCCAUUCAUGAUUUAAAUCAAAUUCACUUGUCCAUGCUUUCAUCGGAAAAGUUUAAAUCCCUCGGAAUGAUCGCGUGUCAAGAUGAGUUUUGGAGAAAUCAUUAUGAUUUAAAAAUUAAAUAUUUAAAAACCAUCACAGUACAAACCAUCUAUGUGGAUCACUCGUAUCAAAAAAUCUAUCCUAAUUAUGUGCAAAAAUAUGAAUUAUUUACAAAUAAUUUUAAAUUUCAUUUGAUUGAAAUGAAACAUGAAAUUGAUCAACAAGCACAACAUCGAUUGGAUCAAUUUCAAAAACAAUUACAAAACGCGAGUGAUUCCAAAAAUAAUUUUAAACAAAUGACUGAAACAAGGAAAAUCGAACAAGGUAUUUCAGUAAUUGCAAAAGUUUCCUGUCGACCUCAUUCAUUCUAUUCCAAAAAACAAUUACAAAAAAUGUGUCAAAAAUUACCCAUCAAUCAAUUGUUAAAAGAUCGAAUUGAAAAGGAUUUACGUUUUAAGAUCAUGUUAAUAGGAAGCAAAGGAGUUGGAAAAACAUGUUUAGAAAUGGCUAUCACUAGCAAUGUCUAUCGACCAGAAUAUAUCCCAACAGUCAGUGAAAUAUUUCAAUUACUCUAUGUUGGAAAUUACCCCAUAGAAAGUGGAGUAACAAGUUAUUUGUCCAUUUGGGAUUCAGCAGGAGGAGAUGAAUAUGAUAUUUUGAGACCUCUUUCUUAUCCUGAUUCGGAUCUAUUUUGCCUUUGUUUCAACAUUGCUGAUUUGACAAGUAUUGAAAAGUUAUUUUCUAAAUGGUUAUCGAAGUUCGAAGAUUCUCUUCAACCAUUCCUAUCAUUCUCAUUGGUUGUAAAACUGACGUUCGACAUCAUUCUGAAGAAUGUGAAAAAGCCAAACUACAACAUUUAUUUCAACCAAUUUCAUUUGAAAGUGGAGAAGCAUUAG